AUGGACGAAGUGCCCAUUGUGACGGUCAAGUCAACAACACCCAUCCAUAAAACGAUCUAUUCGCACGUACUGCAACACGUCACAAUACAAGUCCAUGGAACCAUCUACGUCAAAAGCUAUUCAACACCAACACAUACACCAAAAUGCUACAUAUACAACGCCAUACAAAUUAUGGAAGCAAAAGAUUGGAAUGCAUGCCACUCUGGAAUGGAAUCAUUAACAACCUAUUCUCAGGACAGCUCAAAGGUGCUUGAAAGCAAACAAACCUGUAAAACUCAAUCUACUCCUCACUCACACGAUGGUUCUUGUAAUUCGUAG